GUUGGCUCGAGCCAGGGACAUGCUCGGUUCUCAGCCCCCACGAUACGGCCCAUGACAUGGCUGCAAUUCGAGCUGACGGGGCCAAAGGGACAGCCAUACCGUUCCCUCAGAAGAAGUUUUGCGACCCUGAAUACGGAGAGCCCCCAGAUUGGCCCAACGAAAACCCCGAAGGAUCUCUUUAUGUUCCUUGCAUGUCCACCCCACCCACAGCCGCAGAGCGCCAGGCAUCUCGCCCAGCAGACAAAAAAAUCCGCACUUCUUGCAUUCUCCUCCACACCCACCGCGUCCGGCCAAAAGGCCACACGAGGAGAGGAACAACGCGAUUGGCCAGCCAAGCAGCAAAUUUCAUGAUUUGGUUCUGACAAGAUGUUUCUUAUUAUAGACUCUCGCGGCUCUUAGCCCCAGGUUAACCAGAUUCUCUUGGCAGUACAGAGGACUGUAUCUUAGCGACGGCGGUUGAUCAGAAGAAGAGGAGGGCAUCAGGGGAAUCGCGGGCACUUUCAAUAUAGGUGCAACAAUAACAAUAGCCGCCUGCUUGGGGUAAGGAUCAAUUCAUCCUUCUAACUAUCUUGAGCAGGAUGAAUAAAAAAAGAGAAGCGAGAUAAGAUAGAAUUGACCGGGAACUGGGGACAAUUCUGACACGCAAAGCCGCAGUGCAGUUGUAUUAUUCCUGGCGCUUUGGCAGUGGCUUGGUUCCUUGUUCGGUGCGGGGCCACAAGGGGGCAUCAUACUGAAAACGAGCAGAGUCUGCUGUCAAAUGAAAUCCCGUUUCCCACCAGCGAAUGGAUGCUAACUGAAGCCAGUUAGUUAGACUCAAGCAGCCAAGAUAUUUCCAGGCACCGCCAUUGGGGCUUGGAGGGUUUUGUUGAAGGAACCGGGUGGUGGUGCCAUCUGCUCACACCAGGAGUACAUAAAUUCGGGUUCGAUGCUCGCGUCUUGCCCCUUGCUCACGGUGACAGUCUGAGAGGUUGCUUUUGAAGAAAGUAUUUUGAUGAACAUGUCCCUGUCAAAGUUGAAGACUCUCUUCUCUCCAUUUAGAAUAAGAACAGAUCCUCAGCCGGCUACUGAGAUAAUCAGGGACAUUUUGCAGUUAUAAUUAACUGUGUAUUUUAUUCUUCAACUUGACCACAGCGAUGACGAUUCUAAAAAAAUAGAAUAAAAAAGAAAAAAGAAAUCCUUGGAAAUUCCUUGAUUUCCUUCCUAGCCACCAAAUAGCAUCAGAAU